AUGUCCAUCCUGCAAACAAGCCUCCUCAGUAGCUUUUUAAUUUCUACAAAGGUAGGUCGCAAUAGUUUAUUGCAGCCAUUCCAAUUUGGGAUAAGACACCUGAAAGUUAGAAUUAAACCUCCUCAACCUAAAUUAAGUGAAAUUAAGUGGAAAUUCGAUGAUAAUAUGGACUAUGGUAUCUACUCAGCUUCGUCAGGCUAUAUUAAAGAAGCUUCAUUCGAAGCAGGUAGAGUGGCUAUAAGAAGAUUAACCAACGUUCGCAAUUUCUGGGUUGCAGAAGCUACUGUACCGGUGACUAAGAAAGGUAUAGGAUCUAGAAUGGGUAAAGGCAAAGGCAAACUACACCACUAUGUCAAAAUCGUUAAACCAGGCGACAAGUUGUUUGAAUUUGAUUGUAACAAUGAAUACUUAGCACGAGCGGCAUUUAGAGCUGUUACCUUUAAGCUGCCAGUGAGGACCAAACUAAGGAUUCGACCUAAUACACAAUCAGACAAGAUUUAA